AUGAAACUGUUGUUUGGCCAAUGGGCUAGUGGGAUCACUUCAAGUCGUUUUUACACAAAUGCCGCGAGGCCGCUCAACGUUUUAUUCUUUGGGUCCGAUCAGUUUAGCGUACAUUCGCUGAACGCAUUGUAUAAAUUGAGGGAAACGUCCCCCAGACUGAUCGACAAAAUACAAGUCGUGACAAGAAGUGCGAAAAAAUGUGGCAGAAACCUGUCGAUCAUUAAGGAAGCUCCAAUAGCCUCUUGCAGUCGAGAUCUGCAUUUGCCUCCGGUUAUUGAAUGCGAUACCAAACAAGAUAUGCUAGGACCAGUAAUGAAUGCAAUGCAUGGGGGUGACUUCAAUAUGAUAAUAGCUGUUUCGUUUGGCAAAUUAAUCCCAAAACAGCUGCUGGCUAAGUCUGAAUACUCAUUGAAUGUACAUCCCUCGCUUUUGCCCCGUUAUAAAGGGUCAUCGCCCAUCCAAUACACGCUAUUGAACAACGACACAACGACAGGUGUUUCCAUUCAAACACUGCAUCCAGAAAAGUUCGAUUGCGGCAAAGUUAUCGCUCAAACGGAGCCCCUGGAGGUCAAAACAUUGCUUGCAGAGAAGAGACAUGGGGGUAUUGAUCCGGAUUCUAACGUCACACCCAAAGUUGCGAAGCUGAUGGACGCGCUGGGCGAACGUGGUGCUCUGCUACUAACGAAAGUGAUCAAAUCGGGAUGGCACAAUGCUGAAAAGUCGGUCUCCACGCCAUACGCAGAAAGUCUUGCGCCUAAGAUAACUACUCAAAUGCGUCAGCUGCAUUGGAAGACUGAUCUUGCCGAAUCGGCUAUCAGUAAGUUAGAUGCACUGGGAUCAGUGUAUGCAUUCAAGACCGUCUGUCAAAAAAAUGGCGGUCAUCAUCUGAAGCGGAUCAUUUUCCACAAACUAUCACCAUAUGAGGAGGGCCAGCCCGUGCCAGCCGCACUUAGCAUGCAGCCAGGAAGUUUUGAAUUCGAUUCGGCUCACAAAUGUAUGGCGCUACGUUUUCAACAUGGAAAAGCACUACAAUGCAUUCUUAUCCAGUUCGAGGGCUUCAAAAUUGAAAGUCCCGAGCAGUUUUUCAAAAGUAUCCGUAAGCGGUGCGGUAAAUCAAAUGAAGACAGGACGUUUAUUUAA